CAACAUGGCUGUGUACAAAUUAAUUCUCUUUUUACUAAGUAUAACCACAGCAGCGAACGUAAGCUGUGAAGCAAAGUACCGAGAAAUCAAUGAGACAAGUCUGAAGCAAGCAAAAAAUUCGUUGAGGAGCUUCCCGUCAAAUUUUAUGUUUGGUACUGCAACAGCAGCAUAUCAGAUCGAAGGCGCUUGGAACGAAGGAGGUAAAGGAUGGUCAAUGUGGGAUCACUUGGUCCGAACUGCACCCGAUCAUAUAUAUGACAAUACAAAUGGCGACGUAGCAGCCAACUCCUACUAUUUGUACAAACGUGACGUAGAAAUGCUUAAAGAACUGGGAGUAAAUAUCCACAGGUUCUCUAUAUCCUGGCCUAGAAUACUCCCUUAUGGCCGACCAGACUACGUAAAUCCAGAAGGAGUGGCGUAUUACAACAAUUUUAUCAACGAACUGUUAGCUAAUAAUAUUACACCGUUUGUAACUAUCUAUCAUUGGGAUUUGCCGCAGAAUUUAAAUGAGCAAGGCGGAUGGUUGACUGAAGAUAUAGUAGAUUGGUUCGGGGAUUAUUCCCGAGUAUUAUUUCAACAGUUCGGUGAUAGAGUAAAACAUUGGCUGACAAUAAAUGAACCGUAUGUUCACUGUUUCCUGGGUCAUGGCAUUGGAUUGCAUGCACCAAGGAUAAGUUCACCAGGACAAGGCUUCUACGAUUGCGGUCGACAUGCCCUUCUUGGGCACGCAAGGGCCUACCACAUAUACGAUACAGAGUUCAGAGCUGCACAGGGUGGUCGAGUCGGAAUAGUUUUGGAUGCUGACAUGUAUUUACCUAGUAGUGAUUCUGAGGAUGAUGUCCAAGCAGCUCAAGAUAUGUUCGACUUCACACUAGGACAAUACAUUGACCCAAUAUACACUGAGAAUGGGAACUACCCUCAAAGAUUCGUUCACCUAAUCGCCGAAGCAAGUGCGAGACAAGGCCUCUCAGAAUCAAGACUGAGACCGCUCACUCAAGAACAGAUAGACUACGUGAAAGGAACUUCUGACUUCCUAGCAUUAAAUCACUAUAGUACUAGCUACGUUUACAGGAAUUCUUCUGUCAUCGGUAUGCACCCUGUACCAUCUUAUUUGGAUGAUGUUCAGGCUGGGACUUACAAAGAUACUUCGUUGCCGUUAGCAAUUGGUGGCUGGAUAUCGGCAUAUGGCCCAGGACUAUAUAAGAUAUUGAAGUACAUUAAAGAUAAUUACAACAAUCCCCCGAUCUACAUCGCAGAAAAUGGAUGGUCAACUCUCGAGGGUCUGAACGACGAUGACCGAGUAUACUACUUCAGAAGUUACUUGACUGGAGUCUUGGACGCUAUUGAUGAUGGGGUAGAUGUAAGAGCAUACUGCGCUUGGAGCCUGAUGGACAAUUUCGAGUGGGCUAUGGGUUAUACUGUAAGAUUUGGAUUAUAUGAAGUCGACCCGAAUGAUCCAGAGAAGGUCAGAAUGCCGCGUAAAUCAGCGCUCGUAUACAAGGAGAUCAUCAGGAGUAGAGUGAUAGAUCCAGAAUAUAAUCCAGACCCGUACGAGACAGAUGGAAGCUACGUCGUCAAAACUUCCUGCCUCUUUGUAAUAACUCUAGCUGUACUUAAUAUUGUAUUAUAGAAUAUAUAUAGAAUAAAUUAACUAACGGAUACUUAUAGUUUUUGGAUUGUUGUUGUACGCUAUAGAAAUGAAAUGAAAUUUCUUUAUUCAUUUAGGCACAAUUUGUACGCUCUAAAACUCAAUUUUGAUGCCAUCGGUUCAAAGGGUUAACUAACUAGUUAACACUGUGACUGAAGUAGCUAAACCUCUGUUUCAGGCGUAAAGAGCUUAUAUUAAAAGUAAAUAAUCACAAAAAAGAGAAACUUAAUACAGUAAAAUGGUAAAAGUUAAAUCUACAGGUUAAGUAUAUAAGUAAACAAUGUCUUCAA